UAAAAUGUGGAAUCCAUUAGCAUCUGUAAACAUUGUCUUUCCUCCUUUGUAAUAUUUUGCCAGGCUGUAACUGCAGCUGUAUUCAGUCAUUUUUUGUUUGUGAGUCUUCCUGCCUUUAGUUUUGUCUUUAGCAAGUGAAAUGCAGCUCUGUCCCUUCAGACCACACAUUUGACUUGGAUUUUAAAGGUGAUUUAACUUCUUUGUCCAGUUCUUUGUAAAAGAAACUCAAGUUGCUUUAACCUCAUGUUUGCAAAGUGCUAUCCAAUCAACUGAGCUAUAUUUGGCUGAGUCUGAGCAGACUGUCUAUCCCUUUACACUUCGUAAUUUGUCUGGCUGUGUCUGUCUUCUAUCAUAUUACUUGUGCUAUAGCCAUCUGAAGCAAUGCAUCCCAUGCUAUCACACCCCCACCUUAAUAUUCUGGUUCAUGUUGAUUUUAAUUCCAUUUGUUUGUAGAAAUGCUGGUCCAGAUCUGGCCUUCUUAAGAUUUAAAUGUAUUAUUUUAAUCCUGUCUGCUUAUUGUGUGCAUCUUCUGUUUUUGCUCUUUUACGCAAUGUUUGGAUAAUGAUAAGCCAACCUCCUGAAGGGUAUCCUUUGCUUGGCUGGAUGUUGUAAAGGGUUUCUCUUUAACUUGGAUUUGAUGAUAAUCCACUGCCUUUCUUUUCUGUGGACAUCCAGGUCCUUUUAUGUCUCUUAGCUUGCUGGUGUAUUCUUUUUCUUUUUUUUUUCUCUCAGAAACAACCAAACUAUUGAUUUAGCCACUCAGUUGUAUUGCUUUGGCUGCGUUAAGAUGGAUAGUUUCCCUUACAUUUAGAAAUCAUGUAGUGAUUUCACACAAACAGCUAUGAAAUGCAAAUGCAAACAAAGCAACUCCAGACCUCCUGCAUAUUUUAAUAACGCUAGAGAUCAGACAAAUAGCCCACAACUGUACAUGCAAGAGAAAACAGAAAAUUGUCUGAUUAUAAGCUUCAAAAACAUGCACAAACUGCACAUUCUAAAGUUGAAAUUCCCAAAACUAUCUUCAAUUUAGAAAUGUAAAGGGUAGUCAGUCUGUUAGUCCACAUUCAUAAUGUAGUUAACUUGUAAAUGUUUUGUUGAGCAGCUAAAUUAAUUUUAAUUAUGUCAGUGUCCAAAUAUUUCUCCAAACUGGCUGUAUAAUAAACUGGAAAUAAAUAUCUGACAUAUAUUUAGAAAAAAUGUAACCAAACAAAAUUAAAGAGUUAUUCUUCUACAUGACCUGUUUCAGGUCAUUCUUCACUAAAUUUUUCAUGAGGUUUUGACUUCAGUAACCUCACCAAGUUUUAAACAAAGCUUCAGAAAUUGAUGACAGAGUGAAAAAGCAAAUUCAGGGUCAAAUUCAGUUUCUAUUUUAUGUUUUAACAGGUUGACAGACUUUUAAAAUCCUGCAGACAUAUAUUCUGCAUGCAUUUUAUCACGCUAUCUUCUCACAUCUUCUGUUAAGGUCAAGUUAACAUAACACUUCAUGCACUGCACUUUCUUAUUAGCUGUGCUAGAAACUAUAAUUUUCAUGUUCUGUGCUUCAUUUCUAACCCCCACCUCCACACAGCUCCCUUUUGCUUAAUUUACUUCACACAGGUUUAAUAUUCCUUUUUUGUCGCUCUGCCCACCUGCAUCUACUCUUUUAACUGGAAUACAGAUAAGAAAAUGUACUGCAGUGAACAAACAGAAGAAUUUCACUUUGAGGGUGGGAGUUUGUGCAUUUGCAGGGCACCAAAGCACUGGCGGUUCCCCUGGUAACCAACACUUCAAUACUGCGGCUGAACCUGCGAGAUAAUUGGAUGGAAGGAAUGGGCGGAGCUGCUAUUGCCGAGAUGUUAAGGGAAAAUUGUUACAUUACAGAAGUGGAUCUGUCUGACAACAAUCUUGGAGAUUAUGGUGCCAGAGCCAUAUCUGGUAUGCUUAAAGUGAACAGCACUCUGGUGAGUUUGCAUCUGUCUGGAAACCAUAUCACAGACCAGUCUGCUGAGGAUCUUGGCCGAGCUCUUAUCAACAACUCAACCGUACAGCACCUCGAUCUGAGCUUCAACACUCUGGGAGACCAUGCAGGACAAAUCCUGGGUGAUUCUUUGUCUGACAACACAAGUUUGAGAUCUCUAAGUUUGGGCUGGAACUCUAUUCGAGGGAGAGGAGCAGUGGUGUUAGCCAACAGCCUUGGGGUAAAUGUUUUCCUCAGAACCCUGGAUCUGUCAUUCAAUGGCUUCAGCAGGGAAGGAGCCAUCGCUUUAGGACAGGCUCUUAAAGAGAAUUAUGUUUUGGAGGAGUUGAAUGUGAGUAACAACCGAAUACCCCCUGAGGGAGCCAUCCGCCUCGCCAUGGGCCUCAAAGCAAACAAGACAAUCAAAUUCCUCAAUAUUGGAAGGAAUCCCAUUCAGAGUAGUGGGUGCUAUGGGAUCCUUCAGUCUGUUCAGGAGAACCCAGAUUCAGCCAUGGAGACAUUAGACUUCUCAGAUAUCACCGUCACCCAGGAUUUUGAAGACUUGUAUACAACAGUAAAGGAAAUGUUCCCUGUGCUCAGAGUAAUACAUGGGGGCCGCAUUGGUACAUUAAGUAAAACAAAAUCUUAAAAGGUUUUACUGUAAUUAAAGUAUUCACAUGCCAGCAAAGAUGUAAGAUAGCCUUUUUACACUCUAUAAAUGUUUUCAUCAGCAACAAAAAAAAAGAAAAGAAAAUAAUGAUAGAAGCUUGGCAACAAUCUCUUUUUUUCCAGAAGCUAUCACAGCAUGUACUCCUGAAUAAAAUGUAACAUACAUAAAUAAAACUUGAGAAAUAUCCCAUAAUUUCAAUCUAAAGGUAACGCUGAGGUCAAACUGGAACGAUGGUGAUGAUGAGAAUGGAUGAUGGAUGUAGAAAACAGAUAUUGAGUGAGAUUCUUUUUAGAUAUGAUCUGAUUUGAUGUUAUAUAAUGCCAGUGGGUAGAGUGAUGGAGAGAAUCAGAGAGCACCACAUUAUGUAUGAAAAGAACUGAAAGUGGGUUGUACAAAACAGAAAUGAAGUACUGCGUGACCAGUUAAACAGAAAAACCAGCUUAGAAAGAAUGAUCCACUGUUAGAUAAGAGAGUUGUUUACUGCAGCAUAACCCAAACUGUUAGAUCCAGUGAGCUAUCACUUUGGAUGCAUGUACUUUAGACUCAUAAACCCUAACAUUUAAGUGGUGUUACAUCCUAGCACUUGUUUAUCUUGUCAGCCUACUCUCUUGCCAAAAUAUAUACUCUUAGUAUUAAAAACUGAGGAAAGGAAAAAGUAACACAUAUGAAAAGUGUAAAGAAGGGCCAGAACAUAAAAUAAAUGGAAUAAGGAUAUGGUACUUUUUAAAAGCAAAAACAUAAAAUAAGAGAUAUGCAUUUUUGAUCAUUAGUCCUCUUCGUCAAAUCAACAGUGUGCACAUGUAAUUUUAGCUGAAUAUGACUCAUCUGGACAUUUUCCACUUUGCGCUGCCACUGCAUUAUUGUAAGAAAAGUCUGUAAAUAAAUACUUCCCAGUCAGUACAA